UCAGAUCUCCAAUCAGAAACAUCAUAGAUUCUUAACUGUUCCCUCACCACAUUCAAUCAUUUCCCUGCUCUUCUUCCCCUCCCCUCCCCGCUCUCGCUUUCUCUCUCUAUACAGUUGUUGUGUCCUUUAUUUUAUUCUUUUUUUUCUUGUAGCCUUGAAAGUUUCAACUUCCCUAAACGCACUAACCAUCCACUCGCCGGCUAGGAUCCCGAGACCGGCGUGAUCUGCGGCCCUGAUUCUGAGGAAAAUCCAACCGGUUUCAGGUGGAAGUUUGAGCACCUGAUUAAUCCUCUGCUGUAUAAACAACCAGCACCACGUAGCAUUUAUUCAGGCUUGUGGUGAAUAAUAGCUUCCAUAAGUCCCAUGGUUUCUUCAAGGGAAGGUACAGAUGAAUUUGCUUCUGAUAAAUUGCAGAAAACACAGAGCUCAGAUAGUGGGAGUCACACGACACAACAGAUUGAUGAUAAUGUAAUUCAUACAGCGCAAGAUGAAGAAGUCACAACUGUCACCCCUGACAAAACUCUGCAGGAUGGUAAUGCUGGAAUCCAUAUAUCGCAGUUAGAAAAAGAAGGAAGUAUCUCCUCUACAAUGCCAGGUAAAGUCUCACAGAUCCCUGGUACUGGCUCCAGUUCCCUGCAAUCUGGUCAGGCAAGUAAAACUCCGAUUGUUCGCGAAAAAGUGUCAGAAGAUGGAUAUCAUUGGCGAAAAUAUGGGCAGAAACUUGUUAAAGGAAAUGAAUUCAUUCGGAGCUAUUACAAAUGUACACAUCCGAACUGUUCUGUGAAAAAGCAAUUGGAACAUUCACAGGACGGCCAGAUUGCAGAUAUUAUUUACUUUGGUCAACAUGAUCAUCCAAAGUCUGAGCAAAAUCUUCCACUAGCCGUUGGGUUCGUGCUGUCUGUUAAAGAGAUGGCUGAUGAGCCUUCAUCAACUGGCACAGAAGAAGAUCAUGCGUCUCAUCUACUCAAGUCAACAAGUACCUCCCAGAUUUCAGCUGUUACAAAAAGUGAGAACAAAAAAGGUGAACUAUCAGAAUCAAAUAAGAUAAAAGAUGAGGUUGAAAACGAUGAUGACCCACGCUCAAAACGACAGAAGAAAGGCAACCGUAUUGUUGAACCUGUGGCUGUAGAUAAGCCAACAAGUGAACCCCGUCUUGUUAUUCAAACUUUAAGUGAGGUAGAUAUUGUGAAUGAUGGGUACCGUUGGCGCAAAUAUGGGCAGAAAUUAGUUAAAGGCAAUCCAAACCCAAGGAGCUACUACAGGUGCUCAAAUCCUGGAUGCCCCGCUAAGAAACAUGUAGAGAGAGCAUCUCAUGACACAAAAAUGGUUAUAACCAGUUACGAGGGACAACAUUAUCACGACAUGCCUCCUUCAAGGACAAUAACUCAUAAUGCAACUAGUUUAAGCGCCUGUACUUCUAACAUCAACAUUGGUGAGUCGAGCAUUAAAUCAGGACCGAGUGAUGGGGUUGCUCAAAAUAGUUCAGACCCAAGUGGAAACUCGAAGGAGCAAGUGAAUAGCAAGUCAAGAAGUAAAUAUAAAGGAAGUGAGUUAAAGGGCUCUGAUAUGGUCAUCCAUUCACGUUCAGGUGGUGAUAGUAAAUCAAGUGAGCUGUGGAAUGAGAAGCCAAGUGUUACAGAAGGAAGUGGUGCUGUAGUUGUCAAUUCCAGCUCAAUUUCUGAAUGUCGAUCCAUUGAGCAACGUGAUGGUGAGUCCACAACUGAAUCUAAAGUGAAUUGUGCUAUUUAUAGUGCUCCUGCUAUUGCUUCAGGUUCAGAAACUCAUCCAAAUGAGCAACACAUACCGAAUGCAGAGCCUGUUCAAAGCUAAUCGAAACAUAUUGAUAUUUAGGAAAUGGUCAAAUGGGGAAGUGCAUCCAGCUUUGUAAAUUAGUUUACUACAAUAAAACAAAUAAUCCUUCAGAUGUAUGGAGUCCCAUUAACGUCUGGUAAUAUAACAAACUUCAGUAUUUUAGGCAA